AUGAUCAAAACCGACUCCGACGAUUCGCCCUUGAAGACCCCGGGCGGCGGCUUCAGCUUCGCCCACGAGGACUCGACGGUCCCCGACGACUUUGAUGCCCACAGCCAAACGAGCUCCCGCGACCCCGGCAGCACCCAAACCGCCGGCGACCCGAGCAGGGCGUCUGAGAAUCUAGACAACCAGCGAGGCGAAGACGCCAACGGCGGCGAUCCAUCAAACCUCGAGAACAGGGAUGACAAGCCUGCGUGGACCGAGAUGAAGACCAAGGCAGGAAAAGAGAGGAAGCGCCUCCCGCUGGCCUGCAUCGCCUGUCGCCGAAAGAAGAUUCGCUGCUCGGGCGAGAAGCCCGCCUGCCAACACUGCACGCGCUCCCGCAUCCCAUGUGUCUAUAAGGUGACCACGAGAAAGGCGGCCCCGCGCACGGACUACAUGGCCAUGCUGGACAAACGGCUGAAGAGAAUGGAGGAGCGCGUGAUUAAGACCAUUCCCAAGGAUGAAGCGAGGGAUAUGGCCUCCAUCGGCCGCUCGGUGGUGAAACCGUCGAUGGUUUCUCACACGUCCAAGGCCCAGAAGAAACGCAGCGCAGAUGAGGCCUUUAACGCUGAAAUAGAGGAGUGGACUCGUGGGGACCGCCGCACGCCUCGUGAAGCAUUUCCGAUGAAUCGCGAGCUCAAGUCGACCGAUGGAAGUGGGCUGUUGACGGAGGGUGCGGAGUUUCUUCCUUCUCUUGAAAUCCAGGAGCAUCUCGCCGAAGCGUUUUUCGAUUGCGUGUAUGGGCAGUCGUACCUCCUCCUACACAAGCCUAGCUUCAUGCGGCGACUAAAGGCGGGUACAGUCCCCCCUGUCCUGAUCCUUGCAGUCUGCGCCGUGUCGGCCCGAUUCUCAACCCACCCACAGCUCAAUUCAGACCCUCCGUUUCUGCGGGGAGAGAACUGGGCCAAUCCCGCGGCGGCGAUCGCCCUCAGCCGACAUGACGAGCCUAAUAUCACCAUCCUAACUGUCUUUCUACUCCUUGGGCUUCACGAGUUUGGAACCUGUCACGGUGGGCGAAGUUGGUCCUUUGGCGGGCAGGCGUUGCGGAUGGCGUACGCCCUGCAGCUCCAUCGAGAACUCGACGUUGACCCUCUCCUUGGCCAAAGCAAUGGCUCAAGCUCGCAAUUGAGUUUCACGGAUCGAGAGAUCCGGCGACGAACUAUGUGGGCUUGUUUCUUGAUGGAUCGGUACAAUUCUUCGGGCAGCCAGCGUCCACCCAUUGGAAACGAAAAGUUCUUGCAGAUCCAAUUGCCUAUCAAGGAAACCCAUUUCCAGAUGGAAAUUCCCGGUCCCACAGAAGACCUGGAUGGAGAUGUCCCCAAUCCUGCACUGGAGAAUAUGGGUCAACUGUCCAACGCCAAGGAUAACAUGGGCGUGUCUGCGUACAUCAUUCGUGCCAUUGUCAUCUGGGGCCGCAUUGUCGAUUACUUGAACCUUGGGGGCAAGCGGAAAGACCAGCAUCCCCUUUGGCAUCCGGAAUCGGGCUACACGGUUCUCAAACGGCAAAUCGACGAGUUUUCAGCCUCGCUUCCCAGCUCGAUGGCAUUCAACUACGAGAAUCUCCAGAUCCACGCAGCCGAGAAGAUUGCAAACCAAUUCAUAUUCUUGCACAUCAUCACCCAUCAAAAUUCGCUCUUCCUCAACCAGUUUGCCAUCCCUCUGUUGCCAGGGGGUCGUCCGCCUCGCGACAUGCCCAAGCCUUUCCUUAGCAACGCGGGUCGAGCGGCGGUAGAGGCAGCCCAUAACAUUUCCGUGCUCUUUGACCGUGCCUCUGCAUAUCCUCUCACGGUUCCCUUCGCCGGGUACUGCGCCUACUCGGCCAGCACGGUUCACAUCUGGGGCAUCUUCUCAAAGAAUGUGCAGCUUGAAGCUCGAUCAAAGGAGAAUCUCCGCCACACCUACCGUUACCUGAACAAGAUGAAGAAAUACUGGGGCAUGUUCCACUACAUGGUGGAAAGUGCCAAAGAUCGGUAUCGACAGUUUGCCGAUGCAGCUAUCAAGGGGUCCGUAGCCACGCAAAAUGGCGCCUCUGGCGCGCCCAUGUUCCAAUAUGGCGAUUGGUUUGAUAAGUAUCCUCACGGAGUAUCGCGACUACACUGGGAGGAUCCCGACACUCGGCACAAGGAGUCGGGUGAGGACGCAGUCAUGGGCCAGAAGCCUGACCUGCAAAGCGUCGAAGAUUUCUUCGCUAGUUUAUCACCUACACCACAACCCAGCGUGCCCCGCCGCUCGCGCAAGAACAGCAAAUUUUCCGACGGGGUAUCAGGUCUAGACCAAACAUCGCCAUCUCAGCCGAUGAUGGACGUGACCAUGGGCAGCACGGGUGUCCCCGGCAGCGCAUUCCCGCAACCAUCCCUCUUCUCCCAGAACCGGACCAUGACAUUCGGCCAAGCACCCUUCGAUUUCAGCAUCCCACCGGACCAACUGCCUCAGCUGGAUCGACAGUUCGUGUACGGCUCCUUUGACUUCGACCCAACCUCCUUCGUUCCAAACACCAACUCCCCCAUGCCACCCGUCAACGGCGCCGAUGCCCAACAACCAACCGACGAGACUCUGUUUUCGGGCCAGCUGGACCCGAACGCUCCAGCUGGCGCGGGCGAGUACUAUCAACCUAGUGCCUGGUUCUUACCAUUCAACCUCGACCCCAUCGGUGGUGGCGAUGGUCCCACGGGUCUGACACCGGGUUCUACUGCUGCCCAGGGCGCAACAGGAACAGGCUCGGCUGCGCCGCCCGGUGGUAGCGACAUGUCUGCCUUUGGGCCGGGCAGUAUGCCGCUGGGUGCGUACGACCUGGGUCUGGGGGGUCCGGAGAUGAACCCGGAGGGGGGACGUUAG